CUGGGAGUGUAUCACCGUAACCCAUUGGAUAAAAAUAGUCUUAAGCCUCCACGAAUCGGGACCCGAUGCUGCAAUUGAGACAAACAUGUCGAUCGACACCCCAAUUCACGUAUCAUCUUGUUAUGCAACAUCAUCGAGAACACUUCUGCCCGCUUAUUCUACCUCAUAUGAUACCCCCCGGGCGCAAAUAUUUGAGUGCGGUUGCCCUGAUGCAGACAGCAAAGAAGACGACUCGGGGACUCCUCAGCGGCCUUUUUCUGCUCGACCACAACCUGGUGAUAGAAGGGAUUUGGAGAGUGCGAUGCUGCGACCUAUGCCUAAAUUGAUGACUUUUUGGGCAACGCCACCAGGGUAUGGGAGUAUCUAUGUUUGAUUAAGACGUUGGUGGGAAGUCUAUCCGACUGAAUUAUGCCUGGGCAAAAGGAGCAGGAGGCGAUGGCGCCAAUCCCCAC